AUGUCUUCUGAAUCCCCCAACAAGUACUACAAAGUCGGGGUCCUCCUGUUUCCCGGCGCAGACGUUCUCGACUUCGCAGGCCCGAUCGAAGUCUUAUCCCAUGUCUCGCACAACCGAAACCCAGAUAGCCCGGACAGAAUGUUCGAAAUCAAAACUGUCGCUUGCAGCCCCGCCAUUCGCGCUGCAAGUUCGCUUACAGUUCACGCAGACCUUCUUUUGCCUGAUGCGAUGGAUCAGAUUUCGGACUUUCAUAUCCUAGUCAUCCCUGGUGGCCCCCCGGCGGUGCUGCAGCCACUGAUCGAAAACAACGCACUGGAGCUUGAUUUGAUUCGCAAAUUUACAGCCCUACCCGCGGAUAAGUCACUAGGCACCCGGAAUUUGCUGUCGGUUUGUACCGGCGCCUUUCUGCUCGGGGCCGCAGGUGUACUCGGCGGAAUGGCUGUAACGACCCACCAUCAUGCUCUUGACAGACUUCGAGAUAUUUGUGCUCGUUCUCAUGCUCCAGGUGAGCCUGGUACGACCGUACUGCACAGAAGAUAUCUUGACGGGGGUCUGUUGAAGGGAGGCGGUGUUCGACUCGUCACGGCGGGGGGGAUAAGCUCAGGCUUGGACGCCACAUGCUACCUGGUUAGUCAAUUGGCAACACAUGACAUGGCGGCAUUUAUCGCUCGGGUUAUGGAGUAUGAUUGGCGUGAGCUCGAAGAGUGA